AUGGCGAAAGUCCAUUUCCUAUUGAUGUGGAUGCUUGCCAUCGUCGUGUCCUGUGUUGAGAGUCACAAUAGUGGGUCUGAGCAGCGAGGAUACAAUCAAGGAGCUGACAUCCAUGCCUUGACGAGUGUAUCCGAAGAGAUUGAGGGCAUUUCGCAUCGUGCACACUCGAGCUCGAAGAAGGGAUCAGACACAAAGGAGGACGCUGAGAAGAGCCACGCUGAGGAGAGCGGGAAGACGAAGAAGGACUUUGACGAGGACCACGAGUCAGGACAUCACAGUGCGGCCCACGAGGGCCACCUGGGGGCGCACCAUCACCACAAGAAGGCGCAGAGGGACGGCAAGAGCGAGAAGGGCUUCUCGCAGCGCUUCCGGAAGCGCGAGUACCACAAGGUGAACAAGUUCUUUGGCGAUGAGCACAAGGGUGGCGCCUACAACAAGUUCGGCGCCGGCAAGUCCACGAAGAACUCUCAGACAUUCGCCAAGGAUGCCGCGAAGCAUCGGCAACAGGUGUCCGAGGAGGGAAAGAGCAAGAAGCCUUAA